GAUGUGACCCACGAAGAGGAGAGUGUCCUCAAACUGUUCAAAAUACACAAUUAUCGAUUCAUAUCCUCUUCAUAGAGCAAGCAAAAUGGAUAAUCGUUGUUGGGUGAUGAUAUUCCCGCCACCUUAGGACACAAUAAAUUCACAGACCUCUUUUGUGAAAUUUUCUAUCAAAAUAAAGUCAUGGAUUCUGCAGAAAGCAGCAGGAACAAAUGUGCAGCAUGCUUCAAGCAAUUCAAUAAAAUGGAGCAUUUGGUAGAACACAUGAGAUUGACCUGUCAUUCUGGACAUGAACCCAUAUGUGGCAUUUGUAGAAAGCAUUGCAAGUUCUUUGAUUCACUGAGGGAACAUCUUGUUGGUCCGCUGCCUAAGGCCGAAUGCUCAGAACAGUUUCUCAAAAGGGGGUGUGAGUUGUGCUUGAUUUUUUUUGACAGCCCUGAGGAAGCUGCCGCUCACAAAAGAACCUGUCAAAUACUUUCUGAUCAGUCUUCUGUUCCAUCUGGUUCUCGUUCACUGAUUAAUAAGCGUAUCCAAGCUGAAAAGAUUGGACCCCAAACAAAACCGAAUGAUGAAAUAUAUCCAGUUUCUGCCGUAUCUCUAGAUUGUGAGAUGGUUGGUGGUGGGCAGGAUGGCUCCUUUAACCUUUGUGGAAAAGUCUGCCUGGUUGAUGAAGAAGAAAAUUGUCUCUUUCAUACAUAUGUCAAGCCACAGAUACCUAUUACAGAUUACAGGUUUGAUAUCACUGGUAUAAAACCAGAGCAUCUUGCUGAGGCAAUACCAGUGAAAGAUGUGGCCGAGGAAAUUAAGAAAAUUUUAUAUAAUGGUGAAACAGUAUCACGAGUUCGUCUAGUAGGUGGUAAGGCAAAGCUUCUUGUCGGGCACAGCUUAGACAAUGAUUUGCAAUGCUUAAUGCUUGAAUACCCAAGCCAUCUAAUCAGGGACACUGCUAAGUAUCCACCAUUGCGCAAGACUGGCAAGACAAGCCACUCUCUCAAGUACUUGACAAAGCAUUUAUUAGGGUACCGGAUACAAAAUGGUCAACAUGACCCAUACGAGGAUGCUGUAGCAGCAAUGCGUAUCUACAAGAAAAUGCGGUCUCUAGUCCAUGAACAAAAAGAUGGUGAUGGGAUUGCUGAUUCUGACAAAACCAAUAAUUUUGCAUCUAUGAAGCAGGCAGAUUUGGAGAAAAUGACACCUGAAGCUUUGUUGGAAAUUUCAAGGUCUGAUUACCGCUGCUGGUGUUGUGAUGCACAACAAUUCCCAUGUUGAUUUCAUUUAAGUGCAUUGCAGUUUUUAGCCUUUGUCUUUGCUUUUGUGGCAAUUAGCAAUUGGCAUGAUAACUUGCCCAUAAAACUGAGUGGAAAAGAUUAAUUAAAUGUUUUUAAGGAUCAGCUUUUGUUGGGCAAUAUCAUGGAGCAUAUUUAGUACGAGCAUAGAAAUUUUAACUUUUGGCCUGUGUAGUUUUCCAAAUUGUUAAUGAUCAGUUUAAAAGAUAUGAUAUCUCA